AUGCGCAAUCUGCGUUGUCAUGCCGGACACGGAGUUGGCUUUAAGUGCACUUUGGCACUCAAUCCCCCAAUCCCCCAAUCCCUCUUGUGGUUGAGACCAUCGUCACUGCGCAAAUCAUCUUCCGCCAGCAGCAGCAGCGCCAGCAUCAACAACGCCUGCCCCCCGCCACCGCCCACACCGCACCAAGUGAACACCAGCAACAGCAACGGCAACAGCAGCAGCUGCAGCACUCCGCACCAUACACAGACAUCGUCACAUUCCCAGCAACAGCAUCCGCAUCCGCACCAGCAUCAACAUCAACAUCAACAUCAUCAUCCGCAGUACCAGCACAGACGCAGCAGCAGCUCGAGCCACAACAGCCACGCGGAAAACACGAGUAGCCUGGCCACAAAACCGGCCAUCAAUUUGCUCGGCAAUCAACUGCAGGUCAACUACUUCGAGUUCCCGCCAGCCACUGCUGGCCAGCCACUGUGGGUCAGUCGCGGUCGCAACACAGCCUCCACCCCGGCACUAAACACAAGCUGCAACUCGUACUCCAACUCCAACUCCAACUCCAACUCCAACUCGAACUCGCACUCGCACUCCAACAACAGUCAGUACAGCUCGGCAGUUGCCAAAGCGGCAGCCACAACAGCUUGUACACUUCUUGCCACGUGCCACGUGUCCGGAGACUCAGCCCAACAAGAGCCACAAACACCAAGCAGCAGCAGCAUGGGUCGCCGUGAGAUAAAACGCUCCAACACCAGCGGCUCCACCACCAGAUCCUACGACAGCGGCAGCGCAACCACAAAUUUUGUUGGGAAAUUCACACAGAGCGUGCGGCGGAUCGUUCAGGAUGUGAAGGACGAGGGCGCGCCGAGUGGAAUGACACGGGACGAGGUAAUCGAAACGAAUGAAAGGCUGCGCUCGCUCCGACUACGAUUGGAGGAGUCCUACGAAACGGCCAAGAAGGCGCUCAUUAACCUCAUGAACAAAUACGGCGACUCCAAGAGCCAGCGCAACAUGUUCCAACGCUAUCCCAUGCUCAAGUUGAUGAUUAAGGAAGUCAUUCGCCUGGAGACCCAGUACUGGACCCUGGUGGACAUACCGCGACAGGAGAAGCAGGAGACUGUGCCCUCGUACGUGAUGCGCGCCUGCUCGAUCAUGGAGAAGACCCAGAAGUCAGGUGAGGGUGUGAAAACCUCGGCAAAACUAGCUGACGAGGCGGCCGAGCGGCGGGAGCGGAUGGAGCGAUUGGAACACAUGACGACGGCUCAAAUCGAACUCGAGAACACGCAGCUGAUAAACGAUUUGUAUCGCUUGCUGAAAAAGUAUCUGGGCCUGCGGCAUCUCAUCCGAGUACUAAAGGAAGAGUACGGCAGCUCAAAGAUGUAUCCGAUAUUUCCACGCUACACAAUGCUCAAGGACAUGAUAAAGGGCAUCAUGCACGACCCCGACUACAUGGAGGUGUGUCACGAAACACUGGCCAACGCCAACUGAGCCGAGGCCACCGGAAAUGGCAGGCGUCGCAUGAGUGUCAUUUGAGAGGGGCCCAAAACUAAUACAAACACAAACAGCAGCAUACACAGGCGCAGGACCUAGAGGGAGUUGGAUGGAGUCUCAGUACUGAUCCGUGUGUAUGCUGAAUUCGCAUGCGAGUUUCUGCCAUUCCGGGACGAUUUAGAAACUGUUAAAGCAACUUCCUUGAGGCUCCUCGGCCGCGAGUGUGCGGGCGAGUGAGCAAAACCAAUCCUUUUCGGUAAUUUUAGCCCAUACUCAAAGGCAAACCAAGACAAACUAAUCAAAAAACUAACUAACAAACUACACCCGAACCCGAACUACACCCACCACCUACCAACUAACACCACUGAACCACCAACUGAACAUGUAACUAUUUACACUACUCAACAAAGAACAAACACUUUAAUACUCUCCGGCACCAGAGUGCCAGCAAACAAACUAAAAGGCAUUUAUUUUAAUGAACUUUCGAGGAUAAAUACAUACAAACUAAAACAAAACAAAAACCUACAGGAUGCCAAAACAUCCGACAACAUAGAUACAUAUUUGAAAUGAUGAAUAAUUGAAAGAAUCGCCCAAGAUGUUACACGAUGAACAGCAAAAGCCUAACCGAAAUAUUUGUGUAACUUUUAAGCGGAAUAUAAUAUUUGUGCCCCCUAACCUAUGUGUAUAAUAAGCAUGAUAUGUGUAUGUAAAUGUGAAAUAAUCAAACUAACUACAGCAACAGUUGAUUGGGAGCAUGGAUUGAAGGCUGGCUAAUCAAUUCCAAAUAGAUUAAAUCUUUGGUUCGAACUAGUUGAUUAGCCGCUAGCAGAAUUUUGAACAUUGUAGCUACAAAAAUGUAUUUAAUUAUAUUAUACGAUUCCUAUCCCUAGUUGUAUGUAUGUAUUACUUACCUAGUUAGACAAUAUGCGGGAAAUAUUCCCAAUUGAUGUGAGCGGGUGCGAUAGCUCGUUACACCUUUUAAGGAAACACCAAUCUGUGGCGAAGCGGAGCAGCCAAUAUCCUAGAACUAAACGAAUGUUAACCUCCUGAUUUUCGCCGAAUAUAUUUAGUGACAAGCAAAUGCUUUAAGUGUGUGUGUAUCAAACGUUCAGCUUUAAAUCAGUCCUAUGCAACUAGCAACCCAGAUACAAUUACACAAAGUACUCGUACAUACUCGUACGAUAUGUACAUAUAUCCACAUUGCUGGCAUUGCUUAAUGUGAGCGUGUAUGUAUUUAUAUAUGUGUUGUUGUAACUAGCAUAUGUAUAUGUAGCUUUGUAACACAAUCCACAAUCCCUAGCCAACCGAAGGACACAACGCAAACACUCGAACACAAAAGACCAAAGAAAAACCUAGACGAGCUUACAACUUUAUACGAGAGAGCUAGCAAUUCACAAAAUCCCAAUUUCCAUUUUCAUUUUCCUAUAUUUUAUUAUUUAGAGAUGAAAUCUAUUUUAUUUACUCGCACAGAAGAAGCAAAGUGUAAAUUACACAAAGCUCGCCAUGAACUGACACAAGCAGCAACUAGCAGAAGGAGAUUUUCUUUUGGCAGAACUACAACUAAAAACUACAACUACGAUUCUGACACGCCCACCGAUACACCGAGGAUAAACCUAGCAAUUUAUACACACAUAUCUGUACAGUACACAAGAGUAUGUAUAUCAGAGUAUUACAGAAUAUCAGAGAUGGACUAUUCCUUCUCAAUUGAAGUGAAAUUGAGUGCAUAAAUUAGUGGAACAAUUGUUUGCGUGUCUAUUAUACGCUUCACGGAGCUCAAUUGCUGGUUAAUUUAUCCACUUUGUGACGGGGCAUCCUUUUAAUGACCUCCAAAUGCUUUCAAUUGCUUUAAAAUAUCCCAGCCCUGCCCCAGCGGCCUUUCGGGUCGGAAGUGUGAGGCUGCUGACCACAGACAGACAGCCAGUAAAACUAAUUAUGAAAAGUAAAUCAAAAUAGAUACAUAAUACAUAAUGUUGGGAAAAAUAGCAAAUUAAUUAAUUAUGCAGAACACCAUACUAACUCAAUUUCAAUUAGAUGGUUGAGCUCUGUUGUUUGUGUAGCUAAGUGUUGAGCAUUCAAUUUUGGAUUUUGAUAAUAGCUAAUGCAAUUGCGAAUGGAGAUAAAUAUGCAUCAAAAGGGCAAGUGUUAUAUUGUAUGCUUCUUGAUAAAA